GUCUUCCUCGCAGAGAGGCAGCCAAUUUGCAGACUCCCAAAAUUUCUUCCAGUUCUGAGUGUCCAGAUUUGCUGCCGCCUUGCUCCGCCUCGCUGCGCCUUGAAACGCCUCCUCACGCCUUCCCAGCGCUAAACGUGCAACUCGCGAAACAAACGACGCCUUGAGGCGAUUUGCUGCCGCCUCGCUCCGACGCGCGCGAAUCAUUCCUUUGAAAACACUGCUUCAAACACACUGGUGAAGAGUGUUUCCUCUCCCAUUAGAGACAGUUUCUAUUUUGGUACAUGCUAAAAUGUCUAAAGCAUUUGGCUUUUUUUUGUUAAUGUAGGAACCCUGAGAAAAGAGAAAUGUCCAGGUUUCGAGGACUGUUGCAAGCUUCCUUAAAUGCAACCAAGAAAGCACUUACAUGGAAUGUUGAAGACUUGGUGCCUCCAACUGAGAGAUAUAUUUUCAAUUUCAAUUCGAAGGAUGAGCUCAAGAAGUGGCAUCUAUAUUCUGAUUCUGAAUAUGGAGGGUUGUCCUCGGCAUCUUUAGAGAUCCCAGAUACUGGAAAUGGACCCAAUGGAAUUUUCUCGGGUAACCUUUCGUUGGAUUUCAUUGAGGGUUCAAAAUUGAAGAUAAACAGGAGUGGCUUUUGUGGAAUGCGUUCCAAAAAGUUUGACGGCUUCAUUGAUUUGGACCCAUAUGAUACCAUAGCACUGAAAGUUAGAGGAGAUGGAAGAUGCUACAUAUCUACGAUCUAUACAGAAAAUUGGGUAAAUUCACCUGGGCAAGAAGAAGAUAAUUCGUGGCAAGCUUUUGUUUUUGUACCCAAAGACAACUGGUACAUUGCAAAGAUUCCUCUUGCCCGGUAUCUACCAACAUGGAGAGGAAAUGUUAUAGAUGCAGAAAUGGAAAUGAAUCCUUCUCGCGUUGUUGGUAUGUCUCUAUCAGUCAAUGCAGAAGGUGGUCUCCCAGGUGCUAGAGUUGGACCGGGUGAUUUCAAGCUUGAAAUUGAUUGGAUCAAGGCUUUAAGAACACAGUGAACCCUGUAAAAUAUUUUGGAGAAUGAAAUUCAGUUGUAUUCAAGUUUUGUUUUAUGGUGGUAAAAAGCAUUGGAAGGCUUGACAAUUCACAGAAAAUGAAUGCUCCUGCUGCUUUCCUGCUAAUACAAUUGAUAAUUUUGCUCCGUCUGUGGGUUACAUUGAUAGCAAAUAUGAGCUUUUGCAAUAAUAGUUGGCCUCCAUUAUCUGGAAGGUCUUGUA